UGGAAAUGACAAGAGAGGGUGGACCUUAAGGAGCAGCAGAAGCACAGGACCAAAGGUUACAUACAGUCUUCCAAGUGCUCAGGAGUCCGUGGGUUAUGCAACUAAAAGCAGUUGUAGAGACUGUUCCAGCGAAUGCCUAUGUGAAUCUGUUCUACUUCAACCCUAUGAACAACAGCACUGUGACUGACGAAUGUGAAUGUGGCCUGUAUGGAUUAAACUCCCCUCUGACUAGUGCUCAGGGACUAGUGGGCAUUCCUAAAUCUGCUAAUCUUCUAGCCUGUGAUUACAACACAGAGUUCACCGUCACAGAAACACCCUGGAUAGCACUGAUCGAAAGAGGCAAUUGCACUUUUGCAGAAAAGAUCAAAUUGGCAACCAGAAGGGGUGCUGAAGCUGUUGUGAUCUACAGUGCCCCAAACCGUGGCAGUUAUACCAUCCCCAUGUCACACAUUG